GGUAAAAGGUCCCGAUAACAGUGGAAAACUAGUUUGUAUGUAUCGAACUUUACGUACAUGUACUAAGAUGACAGCGACUUCGUGUCCAUAGGCGACAACGAAGCCGGAAUUCGAUUAGACAACAACAACAAUAACAACAACGUUAAAAACAACUCUUGACAAUGUCUGUGAACUAUGCAGAAGGCUUAUCCCCUUAUGAGCACAAAGGGAAGUGUGGACUACCAGAGAAGUUUGACAAUGUGUCCGAUGUGGCUGCUAAAGUGGACCAGCUAGUUCAGUGGAUUAACGAGAGCCAACAUGUAGUGUUCCAUACUGGAGCUGGCAUAAGCACUUCUGCAGGAAUUCCAGACUUCAGAGGCCCAAAUGGUGUUUGGACCCUUGAACAAAAGGGAGAGAAACCAACCUUUAAUGUGACGUUUGAAAGCGCAGUACCAACAUUUACCCACCGGGCAUUAGUAGCCAUGGAAACAUUAGGUCUAGCAAAAUAUGUGAUAAGCCAGAAUGUGGAUGGGUUACAUGUGAGGUCAGGUUUCCCAAGAAACCGGUUGUCAGAACUCCAUGGCAACAUGUUUGUAGAAGAAUGCAACAAAUGUGGCACAAGGUAUAUAAACCGAGAGGUGGUGAAAACCAUGGGUGUGAAGUUGACGGGCAACAACUGUACACAGGUGAAAUCCAGGGGACGGUGCAGAGGCAAACUGCAGGACACAAUUUUAGACUGGGAGCAUGCCCUUCCUGACCAGGAUUUAGACUGGGCUGAGAAACAGGCUAAGGCAGCUGAUCUCAGCAUUUGCCUGGGGACCUCUCUGCAGAUUGUUCCCAGUGGAAACCUCCCGUUGAUCACAAAACGCUCAGGUGGCAAACUGGUCAUUGUCAAUCUCCAGCCGACAAAACAUGACAAGAAAGCGGACUUGAAAAUCUGCACAUAUGUUGAUGAUGUCAUGAAAGCUGUUUGCAAACAGCUCGGGAUUGUUGUGCCCGAGUACACUGGGCCUGGUGUUGUUCUGCAGUCUAAUCAUACCCUGCCCAGUGAAGAGAACCUCAAUAUUGUGCUGAAAGACCAGUCAUUCCUGUUAACAAACAUGUCUGAAAUUAAAACUGAGAAAGGUGGAGGUAAAAUUGAGACUGUGAAUGGGGUGACUAAUUUUGGGAAUAACUCAAAUGGCAGUAACAACGUUCAUUUAUCAGUCAAGAAUGAAAUUAAAGAUGAGGAAGUUAUAAAACUAAGAGCAAUCCAAGGACUGACUAAAGAUGAAGGUCAGUGUGAGAGUGACAUUUUAGUUUUACCAGAAAUUACGAGUUCUUAUAGUAGCAAUGUGUCUGAAAACGCAAUACCUGACAGUGAUGCUACUGAAGUAAAGAGAGUAAAGUUAGAGCCGUCAAAACAAAUUGUUUAAACACAUUGGUAUGGGAGUUGACUAAACUGGUGACUGUAAAAGAAUCAAGACUGCAAAGGUACGCUACUUAAAAGGCAUAGUUCAUAGGUAUUUUUUAUGAUUCAAUUCUGGUCCUAUUUCAAAUAUUAAAUUUUCGAAAUUUAACUUUUUAGUUCAUCUUAAUAUAGUGAUGAGGAUGCUCAUGUUUAAAUAUCUUUAAAUUAUAAUACUUAUUCACAUACAUGGGAUCAGAGCUACAGAUAAGCUUUUUGGGGUAAUUGGGUAAUACCCUUCAAAAUAAGAAUGAAUUGGGUAAUGGAAAACGUGAUUGGGUAUCCAAAAGUAUGAUGCCCGCUCAUUUAAAAAAAUAAUUGGGUAUGUGUACCAAAACAAACAAUUGAAUUUGGUAUUUGCAAUAAAACGUGAAUUUAGCUUCUCAAAACCGUACCUACAUAAAGUCACUGUUAUUUAUUCAAUCGCAGUAUAGGUUGUUCCAUCUUUCUGCUAUCAGAUUCAACAAUCUGAAGACAAGGGAAUUUCUCAACCCACUCAUCGAAUGUGUUUCUACUUGUUUUUGUUCCAAUAAUAUGGGCCAGUACUUUUGUUUUAGAAACCCAACACACCCCAUCAUAGGGGUUUGGAACGGUAUUGUGGUAGUAUAAUAUAGUGUAUUUUGACCGAAAAUGCCCCAAACAAAAUUCAUUAUAGUUAUCAACUAAGCCCUUUGCAAUUCUUUUAUAUUUAGAUUGAUUUACCACGACAAAGGAAUCUAAAUGUUUUUGUAUUUUUUGCGAAACUUUUCGUCUGCCUCGAGACGCCAUUGUGUUUGACUCACAUUUGUUAUUAUCUAAACGAUUGGUAAAUACGUUACCAGAUAAAAACAAGCGCUUGUCGAUUAAGACUCGAUUCAAGACGGCCAAAACAAAACGGGAUUUUUCAUUACGCAUAGAAGGCAGCUCGAAUUGGGUAUCGGCGAUUUGUUUUGCGUACCGGUACGCACAGAUUUUGAAAAAAAUUGCGUAUCCAUCUAUUUUUUAUUGCGUAUUUACGCAAAUACGCAGCUUAUCUGUAGCUCUGCAUGGGAUAAUGUGCAUCUUGUUACUUGGAAACUUAUUGCGAUCUUGUAUACAUGUAUUUGCUUUUUACUUCAUUAUCUUAUUGCAUUCAAUACUGUCAUUGAUACUUAAUCUAUUAAAUGACUGGUAGAGUUGCAACAUGGAAAAAUUGGUCUUAUGCUAUAUGUGGCUAGCGUACCCCACACCAGCCUGCACAAUUGCAGUUUGGUGAGGAGCUACCAUGUCUGCUUAUGAGACCAUGCAUCCUUUCAUGACUUUGUAGAGGGAAGGAUAGCUGCUGACCAGAAAAUGCAAAUGUGCAGGCUUGUUUCAGAGCUAUGCUGGCCGUAAAUCACAUAAGACCCAUUUUCCCAUGACAUGGGUCAUUUGAAGGAAAGAUUAUCAACAAAUCCAUGUUUACAACUGUAAUGUUAACAAAUAAACUUAAUUAUGUUUAGGUAUUAAAAGUAUAACUUUGUAUGACUUUCUGAGAUGAGGGAUUGUAGUCGUUGCUAUUCAUGUGUAUUCGUCCUUUUUGUUAAUUACAUAAAUAUUAUUGUUGAAUACAUUGUAUAUUUAAAUUUGAAUGUUAUUUGAUAAUGCUACAUGUAUGUUUUUGACAUUGUUUGAUUGUUUUUUUUUAUCAGAUACCAUAACAUUUUUAUGAUCUAUUGUCUUAACUGAACAUUUAUUGUUUUAACCUUCAUUUGGUAAUGUUUCUUUAGUUUUUUAUUUAUUGUUAAAUAAGUAAAUUUGGCAGCUAUUCAUGUAUACUCUGGGAUCAUGCAGUACAAUAGCACCAAGAAACAACUUAUUUAUGUUGUAUUUGAUGGCAUGUUUGUAUGUUUUUUGUUCUGAGUAAAAAUAUGUUAGUUUA